AUGGGUAUUGUAAAGUUAGAUGAUCCCUCUGGACCAAAUGUAGCAAGGAAUCCGUUACCCGAUCACACGGAUAAAGGGGUAAAUGCGAUAGUUGAGGGUGGAAGUAAGAGAAUUAAGAUAGACGUGAUGGAGGUAAGAACCCCAAUGAAAUGUGUUUGGGAUCAGAUGGUACAUAGGGGUCUAAUCACGCAAGAUUCAGAUGGAAGACCUAAGAGGGCAGGAGCAUACUGUGAGUUCCAUACCAAGGAGGGUCAUAAUAUUCAGGAAUGUAUAGAGUUCAGGACCAUGGUACAAAAUCUGAUGGACAAUAAGGAGAUAGAGUUUUAUGAAGAAGUCAAGGAAUUUGAAGAAAGAGAGGUCUGUGCCUCAGAGGAAGGACCCGUAGAAGGAUAUCAGAAGGUCAAUCACCCAGUGGUGAUUAUUUCACGGUCGAGGAGCAGCGAAGCGGGGAUACAUGAACCAUCGAAAGUCAUAAUCCAAAAGCCUACACCCUUCUCCUAUAAGGAUAGUAAAAAGGUUCUAUGGAAUUAUGAUUGUAACGUGACAAUUUCGGAAGAAGGAAACCCGAUAAACGCUUCAAAGGAGAGUAAUGAUGAUGGCUUCUACACAUGCAGUGGAAGGGAGUAUGUCCCGGCAACGUCAAAAAUAGAGCUUGUGAAAGGAAAAACCUCAGCGGUCGAACAGAAGAAAGAAGGAGCGGUUCGAUCCGAAUCACCUGUCAACAAGCCAGUAACGGAGAAUGAAGCUAGAGAGUUUUUAAAAUUUUUGAAACACAGCGAAUACAGUGUUGUAGAGCAGUUGCAUAAACAGCUGGCUCGUAUUUCGGUACUAGCAUUACUUCUAAGCUCGGAAGCGCAUCGUAGCGCGCUGAUGAAAGUAUUAAAUGAAACUUACGUUGCUGAUGACAUUUCUGUGAACAAGUUAGACCGUUUGGUUGGUAAUAUAGGCACUGAUAAUUUCAUUUCCUUUAGCGACGAUGAAAUACCACCGGGGGGCAUGGGAUCGACCAAAGCCCUACAUAUUACAAUCCACUGUAAGGGGUAUAUGUUGCCGGGGGUAUUAAUUGACAAUGGAUCAGCCCUAAACGUCUUACCCUUAUCCACCUUAAAUAGGCUGCCCGUAGACAGCUCGCGUAUGAAAACGUGCCAGAAUAUGGUAAGGGCUUUCGAUGGUAUUGAGAGAAGAGUAAUGGGAAGGAUUGAAAUUUCUUUUUUGAUCGGCCCAAGCACGUACGAGGUGGAUUUCCUGGUAAUGGACAUCAAGCCUUCUUACAAUUGUCUGUUAGGAAGACCUUGGAUUCAUUCGGGAGGAGCAGUACCGUCAUCGCUUCACCAAAAGCUGAAACUGGUAAUAGACGGCCGGCUAGUGACAAUCAAUACAGAGGAGGAUAUCAUUGCGGUUGUAACUAGUGAUACACCGUACAUAGAGCCAGAAGAAGAAGCAAUUGAAUGUUCAUUCCAAUCUUUGGAAUUCGUAAAUGCAACCUUUGUCGCUGAAGGGAACAAGUUCCCUACACCCAGAAUAUCUAAAACAACGAGGAUGUGCUUACAAAUGAUGGCUGGAAAAGGGGCUAUACCUGGAAAAGGACUUGGAAAAUACCUCCAGGGGAGGGUAGAUGUACCUAGAUUAAUGGACAAACAAGAUCAUUUUGGCUUAGGGUAUGAGCCAGAUGCGAAACAAAAGAGGAAAGAAUUGGAGAAGAAGCGAGAAAGGAGAAAAACGCGUUUGGAUGGAAAAGAGGUUAAAUGGGAGCCCAUGAUAAUCCCUCACAUAUCCAUAACCUUCGUAUCGAGGGGAACUAUUCACUCUAAAUGGAUGACAUCGAGAAAAGGAACCAUAGAAGAAAUAUUGGAGAAUCUGAACAUCAAUGCAAUAUGUGAGGAAGAGGUGACAGAAGGGAAUUCAUCAGGCAUUCGCCCUUAUGAGCCGGGAAGUGUUUUAAAUAAUUGGACUGUUGAGGAGCUCCCUGUAACUUUUAAAGUCAAUUCAGAGUCCCCAGAUAUUAAUGAUAUAAGCAACACUGCUACUAAUCCAGAGUUCCCUUUUGAGCAAGACAUGGGUAUAGAAGAUUCUCAGGAUUUUGAAGACGAUCAAGGUUGUAACUUAUCUCCUGAUUUGUUAAGGAUGGUAGACCAAGAAGAAAAAUAG